AUGGACAGUUCAUCAAAUGUUACUAUUGACGAUUUAGUUAUUGAUAAUGCUGCAUUAUAUGAAUCAAUUCGUAAAUCAUUGAAACGUGAUCCAUUUGAACAUUAUGUUAAUGGUGUAUGUGGUCUAUUUAUUUGUCUUCUUGGUAUUAUUAGUAAUGCACUAAGUUUUUCGAUUCUUAUUCGAAGAACAAUGCAUCUUUCAACUUAUGUUUAUUUAGCUGGACUUUGUUUAAGUGAUUUUACUGCUUGUCUUUUUCUUAUACCCGGUUAUAUAUUAGAUGCAUAUCCUGUUGAAGUACCAGAUUCUGAAUUACCACGAACAUAUGUUUAUACAAAAUUACUUAUUAUUGCUGGUGCAAUUAGUACAACAGCACGUGCUCUUAGUGUAUGGCUUUGUGUAGCAUUCACAAUUGAUCGAUGGAUAAUGAUAUGUCGUCCAUUUGUAGGUCCACUUUAUUGUACAAUGAAAAAUGCACGAUGUGUUACUUUAUUGAUAUAUAUUAUUGGUAUGUUUUAUGCUAUUCCACUUAUGUUUGAAUAUGAAGUACAUGAAGAAAGAUCUUUGUCCGAAAUACUUAAUGCUAAUGUUAAUAAAAAGAUUUAUCGAUAUAAAUUGAGUGUAUUAGGAAGUAAUUCAAUAUUUCGAUGGACUUAUGCUUUAAUAAAUGCACUUGGUGUUUAUGUUAUUCCAUUAAUAGUUAUUGCAAUAUUUAAUCGAAAAUUACUUAUAUCAAUUCGUUUACUUGAAAAACGUUCAGCUGAAUAUAAUGCUCCAUUACCUACAAAACAAGGUGUAACAAUAAUGUUAUUAGCAACAACAUUAAUGCUUCUUGUAUUUCGUUCACCAUCAGCUACAGUAUCUAUUAUGUGGUUAAUUCGUGCAAAAAUGUUUAUUAAUGAAAAAGCUCCAUUUCGUUUACGAAAAUUUCAUUCAAUUGCAAAUCUUUGUGCAACAUUUAAUGCAGCAACAACAUUUAUUUUAUUUAUUAUUUAUGGUACAAAAUUUCGUGCAGAAUUUAUGCGUAUUUAUUGUUUCAUUUUAACUAAAAUUAAAAAAUCAAAACGAACAAAUACAACAAAACAAGAACAACAACAACAGCAACAACAAAUGCCACAAUUAAUAUCAAAUAAUAAUAAAAAUGAUAAUGAACAUCAUAUAAAUGAUAUUAAAAAUAAAAUUAAUUUAGCAUUAACAAAUAAAUCUAAUGGUAAUGUUUAUAAAGAAUUAUCAAAACAUAAUAGUAGUGCUGCAACAUUAGUAACAACAACAUCAGUUGCAUCACUUUUGCCUAUGAGACAUUUAAAAAAUCAAUUCAAACAACAACAACAAUCUUCAUUUGAACAAGAAUAUGAUUUUAUGGUAAAUAAUAAUAAUGAUUCUACCAAUCCUCGACAACAUGAAAUAGCAAUUCCAGAAGAUGAAUAUAGUAGUGAUCAUAAUGAUACUAAGCCUGUAUCGUUGACUGAAUCCUACUUUGAUUGGUUUAAAAACUUCAUUGAAUGUCAACAAUAA